AUGAGCUCGUUCGCGCGUCCCACGUGGGACAAGCCCCUUCAGGAGUUGGACCCGGAGAUCCAUCACCUGAUUCAGGCUGAGCAGAAUCGUCAGCAUCGGGGCAUCGCUCUCAUCCCUUCUGAAAACUACGCGUCGCUGGCUGUGAGCCAGGCGCUCGGCAGUGUCAUGACCAACAAGUACUCUGAGGGAUAUCCUGGCCAGCGCUACUACGGAGGGAAUGAAAUUAUUGACAAGAAUGAGAACCUUUGCAGAGCCAGGGCCUUGUCUGCCUUCAGGUUGGAUCCAGAGCGGUGGGGGGUCAACGUUCAGGCGCUCUCCGGAUCCCCAGCGAACUUCGCAGUUUACACGGCUCUCCUCCAGCCGCACGAUCGUAUCAUGGGAUUGGAUUUGCCUCAUGGAGGACAUCUUUCUCACGGAUUCUCCACCCCCACGAAGAAGAUUUCCGCUACCUCUGUCUACUUCGAACAGAUGCCCUACCGCCUUGAUGAGAAAACUGGCCUCAUCGACUAUGACAGACUUGCUGAAAAUGCCCUUCUCUUCCGCCCCAAAAUCAUCAUUGCAGGUGCAUCAGCUUACGCUAGGCACUACAACUAUGCCAAAAUGAGGGAAAUCGCCGACUCUGUUAAUGCUGUCCUCCUUGCCGACAUGGCUCACAUCUCGGGAUUGGUGGCAGCGGGAAUUGUUCCUGAUCCAUUCCAGUACGCUGACAUCGUCACCACUACCACCCACAAGUCUCUCAGAGGUCCUCGAGGUGCCAUGAUCUUCUUCCGCAAGGGAGAGAAGUCGAAGGACAAGCAAGGAAAGUCCAUCAUGUAUGACUAUGAAGAGCGAAUCAACCAGGCUGUUUUCCCCGGUCUGCAGGGAGGUCCUCACAACCACACCAUCUGCGCUCUCGCCGUUGCACUGAAGCAGGCAUCCACCCCUGAGUUCAAGGCCUACCAGGAGCAGGUUAUCAAGAACUCUGCGGCCAUGGCUAAGGCCUUGACUGCACGUGGAUAUAACUUGGUUUCGGGUGGAACAGAAAACCAUUUGGUCCUCAUCGAUCUCAGAGACAAGGGGGUUGAUGGAGCUCGUGUCGAGAGGAUUUUGGAAUUGUGCAACAUUCACUGCAACAAGAACACCGUGCCUGGCGACAAGAGUGCUUUGGUUCCUCAUGGCCUCCGUGUGGGAUCCCCUGCUAUGACCAGCCGUGGACUUGUCGAGAAAGACUUUGAGGAAAUUGUUGGUUUUGUUGACAGGGCCAUCAAGAUCACGAUGGAGCUCAAGUCUGCUCAUCCCGAGCACAAGCUCAAGGACUUCAAAGCCUUGCUCGAUGCAUCACCACCUGAUUCUCUCAAGACUCUGGCAAAGGAGGUCGAUCAAUGGUCUCAGAAGUUCCCCAUGCCUGGUCAGUUCAUGUAAAAUACCUCAGUAGCCGAAAGAAUCGUGCUCUCCUCCUCUUUGUCAAACUGCGAUAAGGCCUUACCAUCCUACCUUCCCGACCUCUUCUCCCUCAACAUCUUGCCACCAUGCUUCGGGCGUCUGGAUAGCAAGAGGAACAAGGUCAUGCAUUACUCCUUUCAUGUUCUACCGGCAUGCCCAGAUUUGAGGCGAAAGGAUCAUUUAUGCUAAGGAUUUGUAGUUUCUCUGGAAGACCAUAAUCGCUCUUAUGACAUUGAAAGCUUUACUUCAA